AUGGCGCUCACCUCGUCGGAGGAGGCGCUUCUCCUCGCGGCCCUCCCGACUAUCGAGAAGACGCGGUAUGCCGAACUUGCCAGUACCGUCAUCAUCUUGUUUGAUCACCUCAUCACGCUUGAUCAAGAGCGGGCACACUGGGGGUUAGGAAAAGUCCUGUUCCUCAUUAACCGAUAUUAUGCCCUAGUCAUAGUCAUCUGUCUGUCCUGGUUUAGGUGGCAAGGCUGGACGGGUGUUCUGACUUUCAUCGUCGCAGAACUGAUCCUUCAAUUGCGCCUGUACGCUCUCUACUUCCGCGACAAGCGCGUUCUGGUCUGCAUGUCCUUCGUUUGCGCCGGAACCGCCGCUACCUCCGCAUACGUGAUGGGCGCUGCCCUCUCCAGCAUCACCUCUACCGCAGUGUGGCUCCCGCACAAACACUCGACGGUGUGCAUCCCGAGCAACGUCCCCGCGCACUUCUACGCGUUCUGGAUCCCGAUGCUCGUCUCCGAGAGCGUGCUGUGCGGGCUCGCGCUCGUCCGCGGCUUCCGCGCGUACACCCCCGGCUCGAACGUGUUCCAGAACGGGAAGCGCAUCAUCGAGAUCCUCGUCCGCGACUCGCUCUUCUACUUCGUCAUCAUCUUCGCGACGUACCUCGUCAACACCGUGCUGUUCAUCACGCAGUCCGACUCCGAGGUCGAGAUCCCGAUCGGGUUCGCCGUCGCGCUCUCCGUCGUGCUUUCGAACCGCCUCUGCCUGAACGUGCGCGGCUACAUCCGCCCCGCGGACGACUCCCUCCCCGGGUCCCUCCCCGCGCGCGCCCCCGCGCUCGUCGACCUCUCGCGCUCUGGGUACACGUCGCACACGCAUGCCGGGUACGACGACGACGAUAGGGACGGGGAGGAGGGGGAGGACGAUGGGUACGGGGUGGCGCCGACGACGUUCUCGGUCGUGCAUGGGGGCGUGCUGAGCGAUUUGGAGAUGCAUGAGUUGCGUGCGAUGCGUGCGCAGAGCCCGAAGCACGUGCGGACGUUUUCGUAG